CUAUGUAAUAUCGACUCUUUUAUUGGAAUAUAUUACCUCAGUUUCUCCGGAAUCUGUAACAGUAAAUUUUCAGUGGACAAAUUUUGCAGUAUAUAUUAGGUCGUCUUUAUUCUACUCUCUGGACAAACUUGAGAUGGCUACUCACAGCUAUGGAGCAUUAGUUCGCAUGAAUGGCUCUGUGCAAAGACAAAGAUUGCCAAUAUCCGACAAACUCACACACCUGGCAAUGCCAUUUUCGAAGACGUUGCAGAAAGACUUCCCAGUUCUGCAGAUGAGUGUCAUCUGUAAGAGAGUUGCGGAGGCUUCGAUCAAGCUAUUGGAUGCCCUUGUCGAUUCGAUAUUUGAAUUUGUCGACGAGCCAUUGCUUCCUUCUCAACUUAACUUUGCUCCGGUGGAAGAGAUAGGCAAGCUAACGCCGGUGGCGCCGAGCCAUGGAAAAAUUCCGAAUGAUUUUCCUGAAGGUGUUUACAUCAGAAAUGGGCCGAAUCCUCUGUUCGGGGGAUUGAAAUCAACGAGGUCUGUAUUCGGAAGGUCUAGCCACUGCUGGAUCGAAGGCGAAGGCAUGCUCCAUGCUCUGUACUUCUGUAAGGACAGCAAUGGCGGAUGGAGGAUUUCUUACAACAACAAACAUGUAAGAACAGAUACAUUCAAGCUCGAAAAGGACAAGGGGAGACCAUCGUUUCUUCCUGCGAUAGAAGGCGACUCUGCGGCCGUGGUAUCGGCUUAUCUGCUAAAUUGGCUGAGAUUCGGAGUGGUGAAUAAGUAUCUGAGCAACACCAGCAUUUUCGAGCACGCCGGUAAGUUCUACUCAUCUGCUGAGAAUCAUAUACCUCAGGAGUUCGAUAUUCGGACAUUGGAAACUAUAUCGAAUUGGGACAUUGAUGGAGCUUGGGAGGGGCCAUUCACCAGUCAUCCAAAGAAAGCUCCGGGGACAGGAGAGCUUGUGAUCAUGGGAAUUCGUCCGCGAAAACCUUUCUUCGAGCUGGGAAUUGUUUCGGCGACAACAAAUGGCGCGCAAAAAUUACUUCAUAAAGUCGAUCUUCGACUAAACCGAUGUUGUCUCUGCCAUGAAAUCGGGAUAACCGAAAGGUACAAUGUAAUCAUGGAUUUUCCUGUGACGUUGGAUGUAAAUCGACUCUUAACUGGAGGGCCGCUGAUAAAAUACGAGGAACAAGGAUACGCGAGGAUUGGGAUAAUGCCUCGUUACGGCGACGCAGAAUCCAUCCGAUGGUUUGAAGUGGAGACAGGCUGUGCAUAUCAUAUAAUCAAUUGCUACGAGCGCGAUGACGAGGUUGUAGUCUUGGCAUGUAGAUCCCGCGGCUCGCUCAUCCCCGGCCCGGACUUUGGUCUGAAUAAAUUCGAGUGGUUUUCCGAAGAGUUCAGACGAGGAAACAAUCAGACCGCAGAAGCGUCGUUGCUCUCCCGUGUUUACGAGUGGAGACUAAACAUGGUCACACGAAAUGUGGCGGAGAGGAACCUCACAGGAACUCAUCACUACAUGGAUUUUCCGAUGGUUAAUGAAAAAUUCAUCGGCAUCAGAAAUAAGUAUGCUUAUGCACAGGUGAUGGAUUCAUAUGCAAGCUCGAUUUCAGGUAUGGCAAAAUAUGGAGGACUAGCCAAGCUGUAUUUUGAAGAAGAGAAUGGCAACGAGAUAAAGGUCGAGUGGCAUAAGUUUCCGGAGAAGACAUUCUGUUCGGGGGCAGCUUUUGUCGCCAAAACCGGAGGUGUUGAAGAGGAUGACGGUUGGAUCGUUACAUUUGUGCAUGAUGAGAACCUUAAUUUAUCUCAGGUACAUUGUAUGAAUUUCCUCGGAUUGAUCAUCUUUUCGAUCGUAGCAAAAGCUCUUGCUGCUCUUGCAGGCGUACAUAGUCGAUGUAAAGAAUUUCUCCAGCGAGCCGGUCGCGAAGAUUAACCUUCCGAGAAGAGUUCCUUAUGGAUUCCAUGGAGCUUUUAUGCCAAUAUGCCUUCAAAACUUUUAAAUGACAAGGUUAAAAGAUGUAAAAGAUGUGUCGUUAGGGUAGUUUGCAGGCUAUUAAGUUAUCGACUUGGUUUGUUACUGUUUGUUUCAUCGAUUGUCUUCUUCCAUGAAAAGACACAACUUUGGCACAUUGUCUGUAUUUGCCAACAUGUAAUAAAGUAGUCUUCUUGCCAAACCAAUAAU